UCUUUGCCCACCCCUCUCCGCCAUUUCUUUUCCCUGUUCCCCGUCUACACGCACGCACCAGUCCCGUCCCCAUACACCGCAAGGCCUAUCAAUGCGCCCACGCUCUGGAUUCACCCGCCUCGCAACGAAAGUCCAGAGCUCGAGGAUUUGCUCAGCAGCGACGUAGAAUGCCUGAAGUGGCAGGCGUAUCUUGCUCUCCGCGACCUGUCGGGAAUUUAUGUCCGAUGGGACAUCACUGAAGACGGUGCCAUCGACGGGAGACUGCCCAAUCUCCAAGUCCCCACUAAGGACGGAGAGCCAGGUGGGGAGCUGUUGGCAGCACACCUUAUACCCGAAUGGGCGGAUGGAAAGGCUGGCGCGGGACUAGGCGAUCUGGAAGGCUACGCAGACGAGGCUGCAAGGGACGAGAGCCGCGCAUGGGUUUCACUCAUGGAGGGAAAUGUACAUGCUGCUCUGGCACUUUCAUACCCCCCUCCCUCGUUCCUCGCAGCGCUCAUAACUCCUUUCCCUGCGAAACACCGUUCCCUUGAAGCAAUGCUCAACCCCCCUCCAGCGCCCCUCACAGGCAUCAGCUCACUGCUGCCACCUUAUGGAACGCACCUCGACCGUAACAAUGUGAUGCUUCAGUACCGUGACGCUAUUGCGUCCCUGUCCGAGCGUCUCGGCACAGACAAGUGGUUCCUCGGUUCUGAGACACCAACAGCGCUGGAUGCCCUUGUCUUCGCAUAUCUCCACUGCAUCCUUCACUCGAAAGACAGUGCUGUGCGCAUUGAGGUGGCCCGCAGAGUUAAUCUCGUCGCGUGGGAGCUCCGAGUCCAGGGUCAAAUACGAUCAGCUUUU